CCGCCCGCGCGGGCCCAGCGCGCGUGCGCGGGGCCCCUCAGCCGGAGCCGCCAUGUCCGUGGCGUUCGUGCCCGAGCGGCUGCGCGGCAAGGCGGAGGUGAACCAGGACACGCUGCAGAGGCUGCUGGAGGAGAACGACCAGCUGAUCCGGUGCAUCGUGGAGUACCAGAGCAAGGGCCGGGCCGCCGACUGCGUGCAGUACCAGCAUAUCCUGCACAGAAACCUCAUUUAUUUAGCUACAAUUGCUGAUGCCACUCCGCCCAGCACACAGAAGCCUGUAGACUGACUGCAAUACCUGGACGUGAGCAGUGCUGCUUUCAGAGGCUGUAGAAAUAGUUUAGAGUCCCUCUUAGAGAGCCAAGAAAGUGUGUUUGAAAAAAAGCAGGUAAAAAGUGAUCUGUACUUCUGUGUUUAAAAUGUGAAGUAGUUUUCAGUGCAGUAUUAGGCCAGCUUUUCCCUUUUACUGUAACUAGGAGAGCUUAAGAAUGAUCACAUUCCUUUUCCCUCUGAAAAACUCAAUUCGGUGUACUUCUGGGAAUAGCCUGGUUGUCAGGACAGCACUAUGGGAAGCAGAGCCCAUUUCAUGAGUAAGGCUCUAUAAUAAUGAAUGUUAUGCUAGGUGACUCAUACCUCCAACAUGACAAAGUCAGGCACGUGUUCCAUGUAUAAAAGCAGUAGACUCUUUUGUAUCCUGUAUCAGAAUAAUUGUGGUAAAUAAACUAAAGAUGUUCUUUGUAAAUUGUAGUAGAUGCUGAAUUAAUGUAAUGCAUUAACAAAGGAGCUGCUCUGUGAUUUAGUCAAACAGAAGUGUUAACUUUCCUUUAAGUGAGACUGCUGCACCACUGAGCAAUUAUGUGCAAGGGAGAAAUCAAGCCAUUACUUUAGCAAGUUUUUGCCCAAGUUUAUUAAGGCUUUUUCUCUGUGCUUGAAAUGCUCUGUAAAUAAGUCAAUUCUUGCAUAAUCAAAAUGGGUUCGUGUGCUUCCUGGGUACUGGCAGCAUGUUGGCCAGGUGCUUGCUUGUGUGCUCCUACCCAGGAAGGAAAAAAGCAGCUUUACACACCCUGCAUAUGGCAUUCCAGUGCCACAAUUAACACACACUAACCUAAUAGCCUUGCUCUCAUAGCAGAGAGGGGGACAGAGUUUACUUUUUGCUUACUACCAUCAGUUAUUUACUCUGUGAUUCCUAAAAAUUCAAGUAAUGUGACUUUGGCAACAUUCACCUGUACUACUGGUUUGAAGACCCUGCUGAGGCAUUGUCUCUACCAUAUUCUUCUGUGCCAUCACUUGAGAAAGCAGCUUUAAAGAUUGGACUGUGCAUAAAGUUCAUUUUUAUAUGAUAGAGUCAGUAAGUAGGCAGUUGACAAUUUUCAAACUGUUAAAUAAUCCCAUGUUAAUGAAAUAAGAUCUUUGUUUACAAACCGAAGUUACAGUUUAAGGUGCUGCUCAUUUUCAGCAAGGUGCAUAUUUUAAACAGGUAUGACCUAUUAAAUGUAUAUCUUUAAUAAAGCAAAUAGUUUACUUUUA